AUGCAUACGGGCAAGCAAGCAUCAAAGUUUUUCUCUAUCUUAUGUAUUUGUGUCAUCAGGGUUGUAUCGUUAGCCUUCUUUGGUGCUUGUGGCGCCCUACUCGUCGUCCUGGGAUGCGCUUUGCCGGAGUUUGGUUCCUGGUGGCCACUCUUUGUGCUGCUGCCAUAUGUGUUAGCACCAAUUCCAAUCACGGUUGUGAAUCGUACCACUGAACGAUCAGCAACUUCAAGUGUUUCAUAUGAAGUGGCAGUCUUUCUCACAACCGGUAUCGUGAUGUCAGCAUUCGGCAUCCCAGCCGUAUUGACUCAUGUCAACAAGAUCAGUACGGGUGCGAUGGCGCUCACUAUUGGUGGCAACAUUUUCGUGUUCCUCACACUCUUUCUCUACUUUAACGUCUUCACAUCGGACGAUGAUGACUUUGCUUGGGGAAUAGUGUAAUUGUAAUCAUACAAAUUCGGGUAUCAAUGUAUGCUAUGAAGGUGUAGGAGCUUGCUGUAUAUUCGGGCGUGUAGAAAUUGAAGCGAAUGUGGUGGUUAGACUUUGUGUUUGAAACGACUCUGAAUGUGCUGUUUAUGUGGUUAUAGACUUAGUCACUAAUAGUAAUAAAUAUUAUUGAAUAAAUUAAUUACCUUGUGUCUGCAUCAGUUUCCAAUAUAUGGCCGCUUUGGGGGUAAUUAAAAUAAUUAUUAUUGAAUACAUAAUAUGAUGAUAAAUGUGAAGAA